GCCGCCCGCGCUCGAUUGCUCCUGUCUGGCGGCGGCGGCAGCAUGGCGGCGGGGGCGGCCGAGGUGGCGGCCGUGGUGGAGGUCGGCUCAGCCCCGCAGUUUGAGGAGCUGCUGCGCCUCCGAGCCAAGUCUCUCCUUGUGGUCCACUUUUGGGCGCCAUGGGCUCCACAGUGUGUCCAGAUGAACGAUGUGAUGGCAGAAUUAGCCAAGGAACACCCUCAAGUUUCGUUUGUGAAGUUGGAAGCUGAAGCCGUUCCUGAAGUAUCUGAAAAAUAUGAAAUUAGUUCUGUUCCCACCUUUCUGUUGUUCAAGAAUUCUCAGAAAAUUGACCGAUUAGAUGGUGCACAUGCCCCAGAGUUGACCAAAAAAGUUCAGCGACAUGCAUCUAGCGGCUCCUUCCCACCCAGUACUAACGAGCAUCCUAAGGAAGAUCUCCACGUUCGCCUGAAGAAAUUAACUCAUGCUGCCCCUUGCAUGUUGUUUAUGAAAGGAACUCCUCAGGAGCCGCGCUGCGGUUUCAGCAAGCAGAUGGUGGAAAUCCUUAACAAACAUAAUAUUCAGUUUAGCAGUUUUGAUAUCUUCUCAGAUGAAGAAGUUCGCCAGGGCCUCAAAACCUAUUCCAACUGGCCCACCUAUCCCCAGCUCUACGUUUCUGGAGAGCUUAUAGGAGGACUUGAUAUAAUUAAGGAGCUGGAAGCAUCUGACGAACUAGAUACAAUUUGCCCUAAAGCUCCCAAAUUAGAGGAAAGGCUCAAAGUACUGACAAAUAAAGCUUCUGUGAUGCUCUUUAUGAAAGGAAACAAACAGGAAGCAAAAUGUGGAUUCAGCAAACAAAUUCUGGAAAUACUCAAUAGUACCGGUGUCGAAUAUGAGACAUUCGAUAUUUUGGAGGAUGAAGAAGUCCGGCAGGGAUUAAAAACUUACUCCAAUUGGCCCACGUACCCUCAGCUGUAUGUGAAAGGGGAGCUUGUUGGAGGUCUGGAUAUUGUUAAGGAACUGAAAGACAAUGGUGAGCUGCUGCCGGUGCUGAAAGGGGAGAACUAGGGACUGUUAUGCUCGGUGCCCAACUGUUACAGGAAACACUUCGUCACGGUGGGGACGCUCACGACUCUGUUCUCAGAGACUGCUGCUCACCCAGUUAGAGUCGGUGUAUUCCACAAGCUCGUGCUAAAUUCAUGUAUGUUUUGUUUUUUCACCAAACACAAUGCAAUAAACAUCUUCAAAUCCGAUUAAAAA